AUGUGUUAUGCUGGAAAUGGAAGUCUUCUAGCUGCAGUGGCUGAAGCUGCAUUUCUUAUUGGCCUUGAAAAGAACAGUGAUAUUGUAGACAUGGUUGCUUAUGCACCACUUUUUUCAAAUAUAAACGACAGGAAAUGGAUUCCCGAUGCAAUUGUGUUUGACUCUUAUCAGCUGUAUGGAACACCCAGCUAUUGGGUGCAAAAGCUUUUUGUUGAGUCUAGUGGAGCAACAUUUCUUCCCUCAACACUCAANACAAAUUCAUCUAAUCAACUAAUUGCAUCUGCAAUUACUUGGAAAAAUUCUACAGAUAACAAAAAUUACAUAAGAAUAAAGGUAAGNUUCACAAUNUUGCUAAUGUGCUAG